GAAGAAGAAGUGGCCCGCAGAGGCUAGCUGGUAGUGGUGUAGACAUGUCAGAGGACUGGCAGGAAUGCUAACUUGGCUGCUGUAGUUCGUGAGUUAUCCAAAAGUGUCUUGAAGCUCAAAGGAGCGAUUUUAGAGCAAGAAACAUCGCCAGCUGGCCUUUGUAGAGGGUUGGCAAACCGGUAAAACGUUACGGAUCCCAGACCUUUGAUACCUGACAACAACUGGUUAGCUAGCACUGGCUGGCUAGCUGGGGAGCUCCCGAAAAGUGACGCCAGGGCUUGUUUCAUACAGUCAUGUCUUCGGCCGGAGAUUUCGGAAACCCUUUAAGAAAAUUUAAAUUGGUCUUUCUCGGGGAACAGAGUGUGGGAAAGACUUCGCUGAUCACCAGGUUCAUGUAUGACAGCUUCGACAACACUUACCAAGCAACAAUAGGAAUAGAUUUCCUGUCGAAAACAAUGUACCUUGAAGACAGAACAAUCAGGUUGCAGUUGUGGGACACAGCAGGGCAAGAGCGAUUUCGUAGUCUCAUCCCGAGUUACAUCAGAGACUCUGCUGCUGCUGUCGUAGUGUACGAUAUCACAAACGUCAAUUCCUUCCAGCAAACCACAAAAUGGAUUGACGAUGUGAGGACGGAGAGGGGAAGUGACGUCAUCAUCAUGUUGGUGGGAAACAAGACAGACCUUGCAGACAAAAGGCAAGUAUCUAUUGAAGAGGGUGAGCGGAAAGCCAAAGAACUAAAUGUAAUGUUUAUUGAGACUAGUGCGAAAGCUGGCUACAACGUAAAGCAGCUUUUCCGUCGUGUGGCAGCCGCCCUCCCUGGCAUGGAUACCACACAGGACAAGAGUAGAGAGGACAUGAUUGACAUUAAGCUGGAGAAGCCACCAGAGCAACCUGUCAGUGAAGGAGGCUGUUCCUGCUAAUGCCGGCCUGUGUCAUGGCUAAAUAUUUCUCUUACUGGCUUUUCCUCAAACUUAGCCGGUUUUUCUGUGUCUGCACCCUUCACUACACCCGCCUUUGUGCUACAGCCUCAAAGAGAACACUACAUCCGUUAUCCUUGCUGUUGUGGAAACCUUGCGCUCCCAUCAGGAUGCUCUGAAAGUCAUAAAUUACUAAAAUUGAAUAUUUCCGCUGUAACACACAUGCAUUGAAACCGUAUUCACAGCUGGAGCUCAGCCUUAUGCACUGAGCUCCUGUUGCUUGUCAUUUCAGAUGAAAAUGUUGGUACACUGCUGUAGUUUGUGUCUAAAGAUGACUUUUUGAACCAAACUAAAAGAAUCAAAUCAAGGUAUGUGUUAAAGAGUGAGAAUAUUCUUUAAAAAGUUGAAUAUUGCUUUAAGCUUAACAAGCACAAUGUGGAUGUUGUGUGCAUUUGUUAACAUAAUCUGCUGCUGUUGCAAUUGAUUGGCAAAGAUUCAUUCAUGACUUGUUAUCAACUGUUGUUUUUUAACUGUCUGGGAUAAUAUGUGGAAAAGGUGUUAAAGUAAAUCAGUAACCUAUUUGGGAGAUCUCAUUGUUGACAAAUAUACUGCACUGCAGUGGCAGCCAUGAGCUUAUUUUUAACUGAGUUUAUGCCUUUGAGAAGUCCCUACCAGCAGAGUCACAGUUCUCCCAGCAUGCACCAGCAUGAUCUGACGAGUCAUCACACUGAAACCAUACUGUCACACACCACCUGCAUGGUCACAAGCCAGCACAACACCUACUACAAGACCAACACUACCACUACACCAUCCACAUUACCGUCCUUCCUCUUUUCCCCUACUCGUCCCUUGAGAUGGGUUAUUUUUACCCUGGCUUCCAUUUUCUAUUACCUUUUUAUUUGGAUAGAUGUUUAAUUCUGUUGUUUUUCUAAAGACUACAGCGAUCAUAGAUUGAAACUAUUUCUUUGAUGGUAGUGUUUGAGGAGGAUUUUCUCAUAUUAAGAAUCAUAAUCAUAAAACCCAUCAUAAACAUUAGAUAUGGAGAUAUAUGCCUUUCUGAGUUUAAUUGUAGAGGGCUUCCUUGGCUUUGGGCUUAUCUAGUUAAGUUUGGUAUGAUGUUUUAUGAACACUUUAUUUGUUUUCUUUUGCUUGUUUUUAUUUUUUGGCAUUGAUCUUUUGUUAGUGAUUAUUCUACAUGUGUAUUUAAUCCACAAUGACUUGUAAUAUUUAUUUCUGUUGGAUUCAUGAUUCUUUUUUUUUUAUGGCUGUUAAUAUCUUCACUUUUUGGUAUGAGUCCUGAAUCACUACUAAAAUAUGCAUCCAUCUGGACCACCUUUAAUCGGUAGAGAACGUCUGCUGUUCCCUCCACCACUUCUAAAUGGUAAUUUGAUCAUACUGAUAAGACUGUGCAAUUUUUGUGUGAACUUAUGGAGGAGAGUCCAAUUUGUAUAGCAUACUAGUCCUUAACGUUUCUGUCUGGAAUGGUUUUAAACGAAAGAAUAAAAAUACACUUGUCACCA